AUGGAUCUUUUGUUGGGAGACAUGGGCAGUGGCUGCGAAGAUGAAAACUGUGGCCACACAUCUGGCUUCCCCGAGGACUGCUUGGAUCCAGAGUGCCACUGGGAGGAACCCGUGUUUGGAUUGAUUGAGUUAGUGUGUGUGACUGUCCUUUACAUUCCACUGAUGCUCUUCGGCCUUCUUGGAAACAUACUGACCAUUCUGGUGGUUUGGCUCCGCCCACACAUGAGAAGCUCUACCUACCUCUACCUGAGCAGCAUGGCCGUCAGUGAUCUGUUGAUACUCCUACUGCUACCUCUGGAUCUGUAUAAGCUCUGGAGGCCCAGACCCUGGCUUUUAGGAGACCUCGCCUGCAAGCUGACAAUGUUCCUCUCAGAGUGCUGCACCUUCUGCACCAUCCUCCACAUCACCUUCCUCUCCCUGGAGAGGUACUUGGCGGUCUGCUGGCCGAUCACAGCCAAGACCCUGCUGACGCGGCGCAGAACAAGGGCGCUCAUCGGUUGCCUUUGGCUGGGCGCAGCCGUUAGCGCGGCACCGGUGCUGGUCAUUGUUGGGGUGGAGGAAGUCGGGGGAGAGGAGCACGGGAUGGGUGGAUGGAGGGAGGAUGGAGGGUGGACGAGCAAGGAAGGAGAACAGGGGGGGGUUAUGAUAGGUGGAGGGGAAAGAGGAAGUGGACACAAUGGAGGAUUAGAGGAAAAGGAGUGGGGAGAAAAACUGAAAUGGGGUGAAAGAGUUGGGGAGUUAAAUUGGUUUGGAGAGAAAGGGGAGAGAAAAGUGGGAAUAGAACAAAGAGGUGAGAGGAAUCAAGGAGAUGGAGGAAAAAGGAAAUUUGAAAAACAAGCAGACGAGGGAGGAGGUGAAGAAGAAGGAGAGAUGGAAGUUGAGGGGGAGCGGCAAAAUAAGAUGAAAGAGGACGAGGGAGGAGGACGCGAGAUUGACCUCAGAGAGUGCCGCUCCACGCACUACGCUGUCUCCUCCGGCCUGCUGUCGGCCAUGAUGGUACUCUCUAACUUGUACUUCCUGGUGCCCCUCUGCAUCCUGGGACUGGUCUACAGCCUGAUCGGACGGACGCUGUGUCUCCGUCCACAAAGCAGCCGCAGAGACCAGAGUCAGCGGCACACCAUCAAAAUGCUGGGAGUAAUCGUCUUGGCGUUUGUCCUGUGCUGGCUGCCCUUCCACGUGGGUCGCACCAUUUACUCUUUUUCAAUGGACACGUACUCGUAUUUUUUAUACAAUCUGUCUCAGUAUAUAAACCUGGUCUCCUCCGUCCUCUUCUUCCUCAGUGCUGCCAUCAACCCUUUACUGUACAACCUAAUGUCCGCCAAGUAUCGUCACGCCGUGCACAGCCUUGUACGCACGCACACGCAGUCCCGCCGCCUGCGCACUCUUGCGGCGCGGCCCUCCACGACCACUUUGUGA